UGUAUAUGUGGUGGAAGGGGGUUUUUUUUUCCUAGUUUUUUAUUUUUAUUUUUCCAUUAUACCUUUUUCCUUUAUCUCUUCAUUUCUCUUUUUUAUAUUAUUUACGACGUGAUUUAUUUAUAUUAUCCCCAUUCAUUUUCCGCAUGCAUCUUUGAAUAUCCUUUUAUACAUUACGAUCCAUUCUCUUGGGCUACUCAACUUUAUGUGGUGGAUUGGUGCUCUUCUCGUCUUUAGGUGUGUAUUCCUAUCUUUCUUCACAUAUGUCAUUGUAUCUUUUUUCUUUUUUCAAUCAUGCAUCUAUGUAUCAAUCAACUUACAGACAGUUUUACUUUUUCUUAUCGUAGAGCCACGGAAACCUUGUUAUCGCCGACCUCCUGCAAAGAUGUAUAUAGAUUCAAUGACAUUAUCAACUUUACCAGCGAAAAGUUUGACCAGCUUGCAGUCUCUUUCCAAAUCAGCAACAAAAUCCACAACGUCUUUAUCAUCUUUAGCCUCAAGAUCAAAGCCUGCAUCAACAACAAGCUCCCUCAAAACUUCAUCUGGAGGAUCGCUCUUAUCACUAGCACAAAAAUCGGCCGGUCAACGCAACAUGACAGCAUUACAAAGCCUUGCCAAUCGACAACAAUCUUCACCAGCGGCGUCAAACACUACUUUAUCAUCCCUGGCAAAACAAUCUUCUUCAUUGAACAACACUAAUAAAAAUGAUAAACAACAGUCAACAAGUCUUACUCAUCUGGCUACUCGAUCUACUAGUCAAAGCAGCUCUUUGGCAGCCUUGGCAUCAUCAUCGACAAGAAAGGUUACAUCUGGAUUAGUAGGUUCAGGAACAACAAGCGCUUUGAAGAAAUCAAUGACAGAUGAUGGCGUGACGAGUGCACAAGUACUCCCAACAAAGAAUCAUACCAAAGCUAAGACAACAACUACAGCAACAUCGACAUCUACUGUUAAGAAUCCAACAUUGACAACAACGCAGGUACCCGGAAGUGAUCUUAGGAAUAUGAUAAGUCAAUCAGCUAGGAAAACAACAAACCCAUUGGUUGCUUCACCAUCACCGGCUGCAGUAUUUUUAUUUCGACCACAUAACGAACAAACGCGAUCUCCUUUGGCUGAUAGUAUUAUGAACUCACUUCCUCAUUCACUCGCCCAGGCUUUUUAUGAUGCAAUGCCUUCAUCAGUAUCUUCUACAACGAAACUAUUCAAGUUUGACGCGCCUAGUCCUGAUGACAUUGUAAUGGCUGCUCAGAGUCAACGAAACACCAAGACCAAGAAACUGGAUCCUAUCUCUUGAUGUCCCUUUAGAUUAGUAUUGUUAUCUUUUUUUUUUUCUUAUAUUACAUUAUCCUUCUAUUUUAUACCCUUCUUCCCUUUCAUCACCUUUUAUUUUAUCCAUUUAUUUAUAUUACCCUCAUUAUUUUACUUUUUCCAAUGGCCACCAAUCAUGAUU